AUGCCCAUCGCAUUCGUCCAAGGCCGAUCCACUCAUCGCUUCGUGGUUUCUGCCGCGAUAUUGGUGGUGAUGAGGAGUUUUCUUCCCUUAGUGAAGAUCAACUUUAAGCAAGUUUAUGCUGGUGUAUAUCCCACUGAUUUUGCACGGGAAGCCAUUCGUUUAAAGUCUACGCGACAAGAGUAUUUGCUAUUAUCAGACAAAUUCAACAGCUCAGACGAUACUAUCCGCCUCGUUCCUGAUCUUGCCAUCAGUUCUGCCUCACCGCGACCGUUCCUCGUCCUUGAAGUUGGUUUUAGUGAAACGUACGAUGAUAUGCUUGAAACUGCUAAGAUAGUGCUCUCAGAAUCGCCUGCAACAAAGUUCUCCGUUAUAAUAAAGAUCAUUGAGAAGCCACUCUUUCGACCACCACUGAAACUCUCUGACUACCUCUGA